AUGGCUUCUAUCCCAGACGAUAAAAAAUUCGGCGGAAUGGAUAUACGCGUGGUAACAGAUACACCAAAAGACAUUUUCAAGAGCCUCGAUAUGCAUUCUCCAUCUACAAAUGGAGAAUCCAAAGAAAUGGAGGUGAAAAUGGUCGCAGAUUCACCUGCCACUACAUUGACAGAUACACCAUUUUCUCCACCUACGGGUCAUUGGGAUAUUGGAGAUAUUAUUCGAUAUGGAGAUAAGAAAUGGAUGGCUUUGGGAAGUGAUAACGAAUGGCAUGAACAUGAAGGCCCAGAUGGAUUCUCAUCGGAAGGUCCAGGCGGAUUCUCGUUGAUUUCUCCCAAUGCUGAGAAAAUCGAGUUCUAUAGAGAGCAAGAGGAGUGGGUUGGAUCCGGAGAAGGAUUGAUAGUGACCACAGGCUGGUCUGGAUACCGUCGUUUUGAGGAAUCGGCACUCGAUGCGAUAUUUGAGAAAUACAAGCUCGGCAGUGAGGAUGAAGCCAAACUUAGAAGGCUUGUUAAGAGCAUGAUGAAAGGCAAGGUAAAGCCAACGAAUGUUGUUUGUUUCGCAUUAGGAUCUCUUCAUCGCCCUUACAAUGAGUCAAAGAGAUCUUUUGAACAAUUUGGGGUACUUCUGAAACUUAUGGAGAUCUUAGAAAUUUCACCCAACGCCAGGAACUUGAUGCAAGAUCCAGAGUUCUGCCCUCAAGAUGCAAGAUUUUUUGCAAAAUACGGAUUUGAAACUGUACCAGAUCCUGAAGGAUUUAAUUCUAUCAACGGAGAGACAUUAGUAGUUGAAAUCGGCGGCUACGGAUACCUGGAAGAUCGAGCCAUGGAAGGACAUUGGCCUGCGGCUUUUAUCAAGAUGGUAAUCCCACUUUUAACCAGAGGGCAUAUCUUGGAAAGAAAGGAAGAGUCUAGUAAUCAAGUCUGGAACCAACCGAAUGUUAGAAAACGAGGUUCCUUGAAGAGUUUCUCCGAGAAAGAAAAAUUCAAAACUUGGUGGGAAUACAAGCUGGGACGUGCUUUCAUGAAAAGAUCUUAUAGCUGUAAAGAUAUUCCUGAAGUUGGUAUAUGCAAUGGUAUGAUUGCAACCCAGUUAUUCUGGAGAAAGGUGGCGGUCAAGAAGAGAUGCGACUGUGUCGAAUUUACGGGAGGAGUAGCGAGAGCGCACUUGCAGUUUCUGUCAGACAUGGUAAUUUCGGUGUAUUUUAUUCGAAAAAGGUCAGAAUUUAAGGAAGAGGACGAUGAUGAAGUUUGA